AUGGACAACGCCUUGCCGGCCGUCACCACAACUACGCCGCCUCACAGUAUGGCGGUGGAAGGACUGGCUACCCCGCCCCCGACGUCCGAGUUCAGCGGCGUCACACACGACAUACUAGCCCUCCCAAUCUAUCUGCACCUUCCCACCAACGGCCUGCGCCAGACCCACCUCCUCGUCUCUGUCACCCUCCGCGCGAACGAGGAGAUCACUGUCGUCAAAGCCAUCGUCACGUGCGUAGAAUUAACCCCUCCAUUUGCGCGCCCGGGCCGCAGUGCAAGCGCGUUCGUCGUACCAGGUGUGGCCGUGUUCAUACCCAACGACAUACUAGCCAGCCCGGUGUACAUAGUCCUAGAGAAGUUGCGAGGCAUAAGGCUGAAGAAGCAAUUGGUCGUCGCACUGACCUUUAUUGAAUGGCUGCCGGGAGACCACUCUACGUUCGAAGUCAUCGCGGACCUCAAGCUCGUCGACGAGGCAAUCGAGUCCGCAACGCAGCCCCUGUACAUAGCCGAGGCUUUUCCCGGAGCGAUCGUGUGA